GUUCAGACUUACGAGGAUCUACGACUAGCACAUAAGCUCUUACUAUCUCAAAGGAAAUAAACUUAAAUUGUCUUAAACGAACUUAAACGAUGAACACUUCGUCCAAGAAAAUCGCCUUCCUGGCCGCCGCACUAGUUUUAAUCGCGAUUGUCGGUUACACGGCUGCGGACAUGGCGAACGUGGCCAUAUGCAUCAGAAACUGCGCGCAGUGCAAGAAAAUGUUGGGCGACUAUUUCGAGGGGUCGCUGUGCGCGGACACGUGCGUCAAGUUCAAAGGCAAGAUGAUACCGGACUGCGAGAACAUCGAAUCCAUAUCACCGUUCCUCAACAAGCUCGAGUGAUUCCCAGGAUUCGAGUAUAUAUAUAGUAGUUAAACAAUAAAUUGAUUUAUGUAUAGUCGAUAGUAUAAUAAUGUAUGGUUCGUUUAUGACGUGUAUGCGGUUUAUGGUUAUUGAAAUAUUCGAGAAAUAAAUCAUUCGU